AUGAAGCAUCUGAGGGAUUUUAGCUCUAUUCAAAACUGUGUGAAGAAAAACGAAAAAAACAUGCUAGAGUGGAUACAGCUGACCCUUACUAUUGGAAUGAUUGGGUUGUUUUUGUACGUUUGGCUAACGAAGAAGAACGAUGCGCCUAAGCCAGCUCUGAAAUCGUUUUUGACCCAAGAUAUCCAGACCGACAACACAGGUAGAAAUCAAGCAGUCACUAAAGCCGUUCAGACUGACCACGAAGGUCGAAAUCAAACAGUCACUAAAGCUGUUCAGACUGACAACGAAGGUCGAAAUCAAGCAGUCACUAAAGCUGUUCAGACUGACAACGAAGGUCGAAAUAAAGCAGUCACUAAAGCCGUUCAGACGGACAAUAAGGAAGGUCGAACUCAAGCAGUCACUAAAGCCAUUCAGACAGAAAAUGACGCCACUGCCGUGGUGACUGGUUCUGAGGUAGAUUCAACGGAUGAUUACGAGAAAAUAAUGAUGACAGAAGAAAUGCAAAAGGAAUGUGAGCAAACGCUAAGCAUAGGAGGACUUUCAGCUUUGCAGAAGAAGAUCAACUCAGAGUUGGACCUUUGGCAAAAUAUAGUGAUACGGUUUGCUAUUAUUGGUGAAUCAGGAUCAGGCAAGUCCUCCUUUAUCAAUGCAAUGCUUGGACUUAGUGGGGACGAUCCUACAGCGGCCAAGGUAGGCUGUAAUGAGUGCACGAUGGAUUGCAAAGAAUUCCGACACCCUCGAAAGAAGACAUUGUCGUUUACUGAUCUCCCCGGUGUAGGAACCCGAAAGUUUCCGAAAGAUUCUUACCUUGAAGCUGUGCAGUUUGAGAGUUUCCACUUCUUUAUAUUGAUUACACAGUGUCGGUUUAAAGAAAAUGACCUAUGGCUGGUUAAAGAAAUUGAAAAACGUGGAAAACAGUUUUACUUUGUUAGAACAAAAACAGACGUUGAUGUUAGCUCGGACAUGAGAGCACAUCCCUUGACAUACAAUGAAGGCAAGCUGCUCCAGGAUAUUCGAACUGAAACAAUCAAACAAUUGAAAUCAGCAAAUGUUGGCCUAAACAAUGUUUUCCUGAUCGACAACUACGAUACAAAAAGAUUUGACUUUGACAACUUGAUGGAAAGACUCAUUGACGACGCACCGUCACUCAUAAAGCAAUCAUUGAUAUUUUCAGUAUCUGCAGCAAGUUCGAACGUACUCAAGGAAAAGGUAGCUUCUCUUCGUACACGAAUAAGAUAUCAGGCAAUCCUUGCUUCCAUUGGCUCGCUUGCACCGAUUCCAGGAGUUGGACUAGCCUGUGAAGUUGGAAUACUCAUGAAGGAGGUGAACUUUUACAAGUCACAAUUGGGAACAGAUAAAAACACGAUGCAACAGCUUGCAAUGAAGAUGGGUGUGUCCGUGGAGUCGUUGUACAAGGACCUCGGUAUGACUUCGCACAUUCUCUUAGCGUCAAGGGAUAGCUUUCUUAAGUUGUGUACUGAAAUUGCUGUAUCGGAAGCCACAGAGAGUUUGCUUAAAUGGACUGCCCCUAUUUUUGGACAUUUAGUGUCUGCAGCGGCUAGCUAUCCUGUUUGUUCCUAUACACUUAACAGAUUGCUGAACGUUUGUGAAGAAGAAGCUAUCAAAGUCAACAAAGCGUUUGAAACUUGGAUUGUUAAGAAAACAAGUUCCUCCGUCGACCUGAGAACCUGCAGUCAGUUAAAGUGACAUUCUAAUGCAAUGAUUGAAAUAUAAUGCAAAUGACUCAUGAAAUUCUGUAUUCUAUUAUUGUUUGUUAUAACUAUCAUUUCAAUUGAAUUUUCAAGUUUUCACAUCUCUUGUAUAAGUAUAGUGUAUAUAUUAAAAUGAUUGACUUCUAGUUCUAAAACAAUAUUUAUCUAUUUACGUCUGUUCAAUGUUUAACCAAUGCACAUGAUAAGCAAAGUACCAUAAGAUCGACCCAUAUACGACUAUGAUUGUUUUCAGUUCGUUUUUUCUAACACAAAAAUCGCGGACUGUCAUAACCUUGCUGUCGUCAUGUUACGUCGUUCUCGUUGCAGUAAUAACUUGAGAAUUUUUAAGAUUUUUAAAGGUUUUCCCGCAUAUACUUUUCGAAUUUUUCACUUGAUCGACUGAAGUCAAGCAAGAGGCGAGCGUAAGACUUUGUUCCGCGGCGUUACUGUGGUUAAGUUUUGGUUAAUGUUUGUAAAAAGCAUGUAGAAUAAUUUAUAACAUCAUAAUAUAAAUGCAUUUUGUACAGUUUUUAUUAUUUAUUAUAUUUUAGAGGUGCCUUUCUUUCGACAAUUUAAUUUCAUUUCAAUAAACAUAACGAGAUGGGGGGUUUUCGUCAUUUUUUUCGUGGCGAGAAGAUUCUUAUUUGUAAGGCCUAGCUUUAUGUGGUUUCUGAAAAUUUAAGAGAAUAAUCCCAUCAAGACAUUUUUCAAACUGGAGUUAUGUUAUGUAAAACAAGUCAAAGCUCAUUCCUUUUGUAGUUAAGAGGCAAAGCAUACAUGACGGGCUUGCGACAUAAAAAUUAGCAGGCAUAAUGUAGCCCAUUUACAACUAUCUUAUUUGUUUUAUAAUACCUUUUAUAAGUUUCAACUUUAAUGUUUUGCACGACUUCGACUCCUUCGACGAAGACCUCAAUGUCAAGGCUAUGCCCUCACCUCAAUUAGCUCUUCUAAAUAUAAAGUAGAUUGAUAGUUGACGUGAGGAGAGAUCGAAAAACCUUCUGAGGCCAAGUUAUCCUAAUGUAUAAGUUCAUACUCGUGCCGUUUAGCUAUCACGAUGCAUUUUUUCAGCUACCGGUCUCCAGACAACUCAGAACGAUGCGGAGUUUAAGUUCUUCUUGAGAACGGACUGGAUAGCACGGCAUCUAAAUAAACGCAGCGACCAGUUGUCUGAACAAGACCUCUUGCAUGGAUUAGAAGACAAAUUUCAUUCCUUCU